GUUUUUGCUUACAAUUACUAUGUGUAGAGUCACACUACAGUUGAAACAAUGGGAAUGUAGUCAGCAUCAAUUGUAAAGGUCAAAAGAAGGCUAUCGAGAGUGUGAAUAUGUAUGUCUUGCAUUGGUCUUAACUAAUGAAGCUAAUAAUGGUUAAUGAUUUCCUCUAUUUUAGCUUUUUAAAAAUUGUUUCAUGCAACCUUGGUUUCUUUUGAAUACCAAAUUUAGUUUGAAAGAAUUAGUGGAAGUGACACUAAUUUGUCCAAGGAAGGGGAAAAAAGCAAACUACACAUUGAAAUGGGUUUAGAUAGAUAAAUAUUUGUUUUAUUUUUAAGCCAAAUGUACAUAGUUUUCACCAAUAGUCCACAUUACCUAUUCUUGGGGGGUAACUUUCUCAAUCAUAAAUGUUGCAUUUAACAAAAAAGAGUGUAGAAUGAGAUGCUACUACACAUCAGUUAGAAUGGCUAAAAUCCAAAACACUGAUGACACCAAAUGCUGAUGAGGCUGUAGAACAAUAGCAACUCUCUUUCAUUGAUAGAAUGCAGAAUGGUACAGCUACUUUGGAAGACAGUUUGGUGAUUCCUAACAGAACUAAGCAUAUUAUCGUAUGAUCCAGCAAUUGCUCCUUGAUAUUUAUCCUAAAUAGCUGAAAUCUUAUGUCCACCUAAUUAUAACAACUUCAUUGCAAUUGCCAAAUUGUUUCUUCAAUAAGAAAGUCGAUAAAUUGCAACACAUCCAGACAAUGGAAUAUUAUCCAUUGCUAAAAAGAAAUGAGCUAUCAAGCCAGACAAAAACAUGAAGGAACCUUAAAUGCAUACCACUGAGUGAAAAAAGUCAAUCUGAAGAAGGUAUGUAAUGAAUGAUUCCAACUAUCUGGCAUUCUGGAAAGAGAAAAACUGUGGAGAUAGUGAAAAUAUCAGUAGUUGCCAGUUUAAGGCCAGAGGAAAAGACGCAAGUAGAGCACAGAGGAUUUUUUAAGGCAGCAAAACGUUUCUGUAGAAUGCUGUAAUGGUAGGCACAUGGCGUUAUUCUUUUAUCAAAACCCAUAGAAUGUUCAACACCAAUAGUGAACCCUAAUGUAAACUGUGGACUUUGGUUGUUUAUGAUGUGUCUAUGCUGCUUCAUCAUUUGCAAUAAAUGUACCACUCCAGUAGGGGAUGGUGGUGGUGGAAGAGGCCAUGCAUGUGUAGGGUGGGGGGUAUAUGGGAAGUGUCUGUACCUUCCCCUCAGUUUUGAUGUAAAUUUUAAACUGCCCCCUUCACUGCCCCCAGGAAAGUCUAUGUGAACAAGAAAGUAUAAAAGAGACAAAUAAGCCUUUGGAUUUGGACAAGGCAAGGGCAACAAAAGGAAAAAUAAACAAAUGGAACUAUGUCAAACUACAAAGCUUUUACACAGUGGGGGAAAUCCAUCAACAAAAUGAAAUGGCAGCCUACCAAAUGGGAGAAGAAAUUUGCAAAUGAUGAAGGCAAUAGGAAUAAUGGAGCAACAAGAUGGACGUGAUGGACUCCCUGUGCCUGUCCUCGACUGAUUAUGCCCUGUUACAUGAGAGAAAGCUGCCCAAGAGGUCAAGAUCACAAGCAUGGAUUAUAAAAGUCAACUCACAAGACUCAAAAUCAACUCAGAAGAAUGAGUGGCGAGCACUGGAACUCAAAUAUCAUUUUGAUGAUACAGGAAGUGCUAUCUUCAAUUACAAAGAUUACCACUUUGAAUACACAGAAUGCGACAGCAGUGGCUCCAGGUGGAGAGUUGCCAUUCCGAAUUCUGCCGUGGACUGCUCUGGCCUGCCUGACCCAGUGAGAGGCAAAGAAUGCACCUUCUCCUGUGCUUCUGGGGAGUAUCUCGAAAUGAAGAACCAGGUGUGCAGUAAGUGUGGUGAAGGCACCUACUCCUUGGGCAGUGGCAUUAAAUUUGAUGAGUGGGAUGAACUGCCAGCUGGAUUUUCCAACAUUGCGACAUUCAUGGACACUGUGGUUGGCCCUUCUGACAGCAGGCCAGAUGGCUGUAACAACUCUUCUUGGAUUCCCCGUGGAAAUUACAUAGAGUCAAAUCGUGAUGACUGCACGGUAUCCUUGAUCUACGCUGUGCACCUUAAGAAGUCGGGUUAUGUCUUCUUUGAGUACCAGUAUGUCGACAACAACAUCUUCUUUGAGUUCUUUAUUCAGAAUGAUCAGUGCCAGGAGAUGGACACCACCGCUGACAAGUGGGUAAAACUCACAGACAAUGGAGAAUGGGGCUCUCAUUCUGUAAUGUUGAAAUCAGGCACAAACAUCCUGUACUGGAGAACUACGGGCAUCCUUAUGGGUUCUAAGGCAGUCAAGCCAGUGUUGGUAAAAAAUAUCACAAUUGAAGGGGUGGCAUACACGUCAGAAUGCUUUCCAUGCAAGCCAGGUACCUUCAGCGACAAACCGGGGUCGUUCAUCUGCCAAGUUUGUCCCAGAAACACCUAUUCUGAGAAAGGAGCCAAAGAAUGCAUCAAGUGUGACGAGGACUCUCAGUUUUCAGAAGAAGGAUCCAGUGAGUGCACGGAGCGCCCUCCCUGUACCACUAAAGACUAUUUCCAGAUCCACACUCCAUGUGAUGAGGAAGGAAAGACGCAGAUAAUGUACAAGUGGAUAGAGCCCAAAAUCUGCCGGGAGGAUCUCACAGAUGCUAUUCGGUUGCCCCCUUCUGGAGAGAAGAAGGAUUGUCCACCUUGCAACCCAGGAUUUUAUAACAAUGGAUCAUCUUCCUGCCAUCCCUGUCCUCCUGGAACGUUUUCAGAUGGAACAAAGGAAUGUAGACCGUGUCCAGCAGGGACAGAGCCUGCACUGGGGUUUGAAUAUAAAUGGUGGAAUGUCCUUCCUGGCAAUAUGAAAACCUCCUGCUUCAAUGUUGGGAAUUCCAAGUGUGAUGGAAUGAAUGGUUGGGAGGUGGCUGGAGAUCAUAUCCAGAGUGGGGCUGGAGGUUCUGAUAAUGAUUACCUGAUCUUAAACUUGCAUAUCCCAGGAUUUAAGCCGCCGACAUCUGUGACUGGAGCUAUGGGUACUGAACUGGGCAGGAUAACAUUUGUGUUUGAGACCCUCUGUUCGGCCGACUGUGUUCUGUACUUCAUGGUGAACAGACGGUUCGUCAAUGACUUGGUGAAGAUUUAUUCUGUCACUGCCACUAAUGCAGUUGAUGGGGUGGCGUCCUCAUGCCGUGCCUGUGCCCUCGGUUCUGAACAGUCGGGCUCAUCGUGUGUCCCCUGCCCCCCAGGCCACUACAUUGAGAAAGAAACCAACCAGUGCAAGGAGUGUCCCCCUGACACCUACCUGUCCAUUCAUCAAGUCUAUGGCAAGGAGGCUUGUGUUCCAUGUGGGCCUGGGAGUAGAAGCACUCAGGACCACUCAGUUUGCUAUAGUGACUGCUUUUUCUACCAUGAGAGAGAAAAUCAGAGUUUGCGCUAUGACUUCAGCACCCUCAGCAGUGUGGGCUCGUUAAUGAAUGGUCCCAGCUUUACCUCCAAAGGAACAAAAUACUUCCACUUCUUCAAUAUCAGUCUGUGUGGGCAUGAGGGGAAGAAGAUGGCUCUCUGUACCAACAAUAUUACAGACUUUACAGUAAAGGAAAUGGUGGCAGGGUCAGAUGAUUACACGAAUUUGGUAGGAGCAUUUGUAUGCCAGUCAACUAUUAUCCCUUCUGAAAGUAAGGGUUUCCGAGCAGCCUUAUCAUCACAAUCCAUCAUUCUUGCAGAUACAUUUUUAGGAGUGACAGUUGAAACCACAUUGCAAAAUAUUAAUAUAAAAGAAGAUAUGUUCCCAGUUUCACCGAGCCAAAUACCAGAUGUGCAUUUCUUUUAUAAGUCCUCUACAACUACAACCUCUUGCAUUAAUGGCCGAUCAACUGCUGUGAAAAUGAGGUGUAAUCCUACUAAACCGGGAGCAGGAGUGAUUUCCGUCCCUAGCAAGUGUCCAGCAGGCACCUGUGAUGGAUGUACGUUCUAUUUCCUCUGGGAGAGUGCUGAAGCUUGCCCUCUGUGCACAGAACAUGACUUUCAUGAGAUUGAGGGAGCCUGUAAGAGAGGAUUUCAGGAAACCUUGUAUGUAUGGAAUGAACCUAAAUGGUGCAUUAAAGGAAUUUCUCUGCCUGAGAAAAAGUUAUCAACCUGCGAAACAGUUGACUUUUGGCUAAAAGUGGGAGCAGGUGUGGGCGCUUUUACAGCCGUUUUGCUGGUGGCCCUCACUUGCUACUUCUGGAAAAAGAAUCAGAAACUGGAGUACAAAUAUUCCAAAUUAGUAAUGACAACUAACUCAAAAGAGUGUGAACUCCCAGCUGCAGACAGUUGUGCUAUCAUGGAAGGAGAAGAUAAUGAAGAGGAAGUUGUAUAUUCCAAUAAACAGUCGCUACUGCGAAAACUCAAAUCCUUGGCAACAAAGGAAAAAGAAGACCAUUUUGAAUCUGUUCAACUGAAAUCCUCAAGAUCUCCAAAUAUAUGAAAAGACAGUGCUAUAGCCUUCAGACUACUGAACAAAGAAACUUGCUCUCUAGUUUUUACAGAACUGUAGUUUAGAGCCUGUCCUCAUAUCUGGCACAUUGGUGAUGUCACAGAGGAGGGCCGUGCCGCUGAAAAGGGAAGGAGGUUGAAGUGUUUGAUUGCCUUAUCACGUGGUCAAGUAUCUUGCCAAAAAUAGGAAAGCAGAUGGUUUGGGUCUCAACUGAAGACGAAGCUCAACUCAGGAAGAGAUUUAUCUGUAUAUACACAUAACUCAAAACCAAGUUUAAGCCCACCAGCGCACUGCUGAUGCAUGCCAUGUAUUAAUGGGUAACUUUUCUUCUUUAUAACUUCUCCAUAAAAAGUGUGUUUGGAGGGCAGAUGUGAGCAUAUGCAUUGUAAUCCCGUUUAUGUCUUUGUUCCGUUUAUAUUUUGGGGAAGAUUUGAAAAAAAAAUUUUUAAGGUACAGUUAUUUUUCCCAUUAUUUAUUUUCCUUACAGACCUUAAAACAUCUUUUCUAUUAAAAAUGGUGAACAAAGAAAGACAAUAGAUUUUUCAUUUUUCCAUAGGGUAUCCUUCUUGAUUUCAGAAGCCUAAGUAAGCAGUGAUUUUUUUAUGAAGAGACAGCAUGUGCUUGGUUAUCUAAAUUUGUAAUCGCCUUUGAAAUUCCUUCCUUGUUGGAUCUGGUAAGAAGGGCUUGACUGAAAGUGGGAUUCUUGAAAAAAAAAUAAAAAGGAGGGGGAAAGGAGAAGCCUACACUACACUUUAUAUUAAUUCAAAUAAGUUAACAGUAUCACAGAAGUCAAAUGGCUUGAAACCAUUUAUGCAAUACUUGAAGUAUAAUAUAGAAUGAUUGGGAAAGCUUGUUUAUCAAAUCACUUGCAAAAUCAUGAGAAGAAAGUGGGAUGGCUUGUGUAUAAGUACAGAUGACCAUAUAAAAGUAUUGGGAUAAUUUCAUGGUCUUCAGAAAAAAGCAGUGGGACAUUUGCCCUUUGUAAAGCAUCAGGGUUUGUAUGGUUAUUUUUCUGCUAAAGACUUUAAGGAUUAUGGCUUCCAUGGAAGUUUUCUUUUUAUAUUAGUAAGGCAGGAACUUAACUUUAGAAAAUUGCGUUUAACUGUGUUCAUACUAAGAAUGUGGUUGUACCGUAAGUAGUUACGAAAUAAGUGUUCUUACUCAAAAGUGUUCCAGAUAAUUGUGAUAUUUCCUGUGACAGACAGGUUAUACUAGUAUUUGCACAAUUGAAUAUUAUUUAUUGAAAGAAGUUUGAAUGAAGCUGGGUUUGACCAAUUUUGUGUAAAACUUAAUUGUUUUAGAACUGGGAGAGAGGGGAGUUUCCUGGCCAUUGGUAAUUGAAGGUGCUCUGGUUUGUUUCCAAUAAACAGUGAUCUUUGUGGAUCUUAAUCCAUAUUUUUUAAAUGACUGGUGAUUGGCUGAGACAGGCAGGGCAUAUGGGCAGGGUUUGUUGAAUGUUUUGCCCCAAGUCUUUCAAUGAGAUAUGACUUCUAACUUUUGAUUCAGCAGGUGAUGUCUUUAGUUUUGUGGAAAAUGGGAGAAAAAUAAAUAAUUGAGUUCAUUUGGCUGGUGAGUGAAACACUGGACCAUUCUGUUACUGUUGAAUUAUUGUUUUGUAUACAUCACUACUGUGGGAUUCAUUAGUAUAGGUGAGGUUGCCAUUAUUUUAUUGUUUGUUGUGAAAUUGAGGGAGGGCAUUGUGUAACGUAGACCUCUUCGAUGUUUAAUUUCUUGAAUUUUAUCUUAACGAAGAAAUUAUUUUGGCAUUGCUCACUUUUAUCCUGCCAGCAGUGCUGAUGAGCCUUUCCCUAUCUUGAUCAAAAUUUAAGCAGAAGAAUGAAAAUACAUUUGAAAUGUACCCUUUCGCACCCUUUCAGAGGAACCCUGGCAGAGUUGUACAGACUGGAUGGAGUUGGGAUGUUUCCACAAGUCACCUGUCACUUCUCUCUCCAUCUUUGCUGUGCUCAGCGUGUAUGUUUCAAACUAUAGAGAUAAUUGGGAUUUGCUCCCAGGUAGCUUCUUUCUUCUCUUGUCACUGGACUAAAAUCUCUGACAUGUCAAAAAUUCCUUAAAUUUUAAUGAACUCUCUGAAAAUGUAGUUAGUAUUGAAGGAUUUAUUUAUUUUAUUUCUAAUUUUAGAUAUUAAGUAGAUUUUGUCAGCUUAGUCCCAUUUUUGGAAAAAGCUGACUUUUUCCUUUGGAUCCCAGUGGUUUGUCAUUUUAUUCCAAGCACUGAAGAAGUAUGGCAGAAAGAAAAGUAUGAGGAAAAUAUUCAGACCAAUCCUGGCUAUAAAACUCUAAUUUUAUGUCUUGCCUUUGCAUAGCUCAGUGGAAUGUUGAAUGGCUUAAACAGAUGAAUCAUAUUUCUAAUGACUUUUAAUUGACAUUCGACAAGUGGUAGAAGAAGUUGUUUGUUAUUUUUCUAAAAGUAGUUUGGAAGCCUUAAAUACUCCAUUAAGUCAACUGUCACCUGUAGUAUCUCUUAGCACUCUGUCGAAACAUAUUUAAAUCAGUUUUCCACUGAGUGAGAUGGUGUCUUCUAUGGAUAAAUUAUAUCAUGCUAUUUAACAAUGUUGAGCAAUUGGAUAUGUGUUCACUUGAUUUAGAAGAUUGAAUUUUACUCUUGUUGACUUUUCCCCUCUUUGAUUACUAGUAAUCAGGUCCUUUCUAGGAUUACAAAUGUUCCAUAGUAUUUUGGUGUAGAUCUUUGUCAUUAUACUCUUCCCAAGGAGAACAGGUGGUUUAAAUGGUUGUAUGGAACAAUUGCUUGGGUCUAGUCAUUUACAUUUACCAUCUGGGGUCUCUAGGUUCCCAGGUGGUUGGUCAUUGACGGACUCUAGUUCUUGAAGACAAAUCUGGUCAACUGUCAUCUGACGUCUAUCAGUAGAACUACUUCCUGUAGCUCAUGGGCAUUCCUAAUGGGAGGCUAAUAUGCAGAUCAUUUAUCUCCUCCUCAUGAAAAUCAAUUUCCUGGGAAUUGGGGUAGGAAGAUGAUUUUAUUGGCAAGUUUAAAGUCAGUAUAUUGCUCAUAUCUACCUUUUUACACAAAAGAUAUGUAGAGUAGAACUUCUUCUCUAUGUAAGAGGACUUACGUAGCCUCACAUCUAUUUUAUAGUAACCAAGAACAUUAUCUCAGGUUUAUAUACCCAGGUCCUAAAUGAAGGUUGCUCUAAAGAAAAGGUCUCAAGGGGAAUAAACUUAAAAAAAAUCCCAACAUCUGACUUAUUCCUUGGACACUAAAAUGGAGUUCACUUUCACAAUAACCAGCCAGAGAUUACACUCUUGCUGGAUUUUUUUUUUUUAAUAUUUUCAGCUGAGUUCAUUUUAGGAUCAUCAUAAAAUAAGUAAAAGAUGGGGACAAAUAAUUGAAAAUUAAUUGAUACUACUAUUGCAAUUGUCUGUCAGAGGCCAGCAAAUUUUUCUGUACUGUGUCAGAUAGUAAAUAUUUUCAGCUUUAUAGGACAUGUGAUCUCUGUUGCAGCUCCUUAACUCUGCCAUUGUAGCAGGAAAGCAGCCACAGGCAAUGUAUGAACGAAUGAGUAUGGCUGCAUUGUAAUAAAACUUCAUGUACAUGGAAAUGUGAGCUUCAUUUAAAUUUCACUUGUCAUGAAAUGUUACUCUUUUUUUUUUUAUUUCCACCCCCCUCCAACUAUUUAAAAAUGUAGAAGCAUUCUUAGCUCACAGGCUUUAUGAAAACAGAUGCUGGGCUAGGAUUUGAUCUGUGAGCCUUGCUUUGCUGACCACUGGUUUUAGUCCCUGAAACCCACAAGCGGAACUAUUUGGAAGAAUCUGUUUACCGUUUCAAAGCUCAAACCUUCAAAGUUUCUCAAGUCGCUAGAGAUGAUCAAGAAGAGAAUAAUCCAUCACCCUCCCUGGAGGAUUUAAUCACCAACCAAAGACAAGGCCAGACACUCUUCAGAGUUACUCUUCUAGUUCUGGGGCUUGAUUAUGGAUAUUGAUGAGGAAAUGAUAAAACUAAAACAAGUGAAUUGGUUCAAAGUAAACCAGCAUGGUUGACUGAAAAGCCUUUUCACCUUGCCAUUUCUAUAACUUUUAUUGCUAAGGUAACUGGAUAUAAUAGUCAGUCUUACAUUUUAUUUCAAGUAACUGUGUGGGAGUAGGGUAUAUUGAUGCAUAAAAGUAGUGUCAGCAUAUAUAUUCUUGAGCCCCAGGCCUAGAGAGGGUCCCCUGGCAGCACUGGAGGGUCCAUUGCAUGUACUCAGGCAGUGCACAACCUCAGUUCAUACUCAUUUACCAAAUCCUAUUUUAAGACUUACUGAGCUGCAAAAGACAUUUAGG